AAUGUGUAAGAACGCUGAAAAUAAAUGAACCUCUUUGAAUUCCUCUUUGAAAAUCCAACUUGAGUUUUUUUAUUGAGUGGGAGAAAAAAUAAAUAGUUUUUAGUUGUGCCAGCAAAAUGGUGUAGUUUGUAGAGUACACCGUAAAACAUUAGAACAGCAUUCUGUUGUGGACUAACUUCUGCUCUGUAAGUCAAAUAAAUCAUGUGAGUUUUAGAUUUUGAAUUGAAAUGUGUGAGUUUGUGAAAGAUAACUUACAGUAGCUAGUUUUGUUAACUUUUUGGUAAUUUUGUCCUAUCUCUAAGUAGGGAGGGCUUUUAAGUUAGCACUUAAAUGAAAGAAGAGGAGGUGGGAACUAUUUUUUUAGGGUAUUUAGCRGCAGGUUUUAGUAUCUUGUGUUGCACUCUGAGUGAGAUGCUCUUUUUUUGUUUACAUUUUUUUCUGGCAUUAAUCAAUCUCUCUGUAUCUGACAGUAAUCCGACAGGAAGGGAGCAGAGAGUAUUACGGAAACUGACGUCCGGCAAAGGAACCGAGACCGGAAGUUAAAUUCAGGAUAACCCACGUCCAGGAAUUUAUCUCGCGCUAACCACUGCGCUAGCGCCACGCUACGCUUCGACUCUUGCGUAUUUUCUCGAUGAACUGCACUACCUGUCUCUUUUAAAAACAGUAAUCUGACGAGAAGAGGGGGAGACGUGCCGAGUGCCGCGUCCAGGUCUGUAGCUGCACGCGCUCCAAGAACCCCUCCACGCGACGACACGCCCUUCUGUAUUUUAAGGUCUUGGCCACCUCGCUGCUCUUCAGACCGUGCACCAUCUGGACCAAGGGAGCAGAACAGGAGAAAUGAGCUGACUGGACACUCGUUGACUGAAGGCACGUCUCCGUUGACCCAGCUGACCUCGGUGAACUCCUCGAAGGUAAACAAAACGCUGAGCCAAUCAGAGAGCGGAGGCUGGAUCAGCUGACRGGUGGCGUCACGUCAGAAGCUGUGUUGACAAAAUGGCAGGACACGAACAUCACCACUUCUCUCUGUGCUUCUGCGACUUGAUGAGGUUGCUGUGGUCCCUGGUGAUGCCCUGCGUCUACCUCAGCCUGGCCCUGACCCUGCUGCUGCUCCUGGUUCUGCUGGGGCUCCGCGUGUGGUUGCAGGGUCGCCGCAAGACCCGCCGCGCUCAGGACGGCGGCCCGGCUGUGGCUUUCUUCCACCCGUACUGCAACGCAGGAGGAGGCGGGGAGCGGGUGCUCUGGUGCUCCCUGAGGGCCCUCAUGAACCGAUACCCCAAUGUUUCCUUUGUGGUGUACACGGGGGAUAAGGGAGUGACUGGUGAGCAGGUCCUGGAGGGGGCCCGGCAGCGUUUCAACAUAACUCUACCCCGACCCGUCACCUUCAUCUUCCUGCGUCACCGCGGCCUGGUGGAGGCCGCUUCGUACCCUCACUUCACCCUGCUGGGACAGAGCCUGGGCUCCAUGUUCCUCGGAGUGGUGGAGUGCAUGGCCGCAGGAACCAUCGUCCUCGCCCACAAGUCAGGCGGCCCGAAGCUGGACAUCGUGGUGCCGCACGAGGGYAGGCAGACGGGCUUCCUGGCGGACAGCGAGGACAGCUACGCCGCGGCCAUGGAAAUCAUCCUGGCGCUGACGCCUUCGGCUAAGCUGGAGAUAAAACGCGCAGCGCGGGAAUCCGUGGGACGGUUCUCAGACCAGGAGUUCGAAGCUUGUUUCCUCGCCGCCACGGAGGCUCUGAUGGAUCAGCUGGUGCGAAGUANCGUGGUGUACCCGCCGUGCGACGUCAGGGCCUUCCUGGACGUCCCGCUGGAGGGGGAGGAGGACGAAGACGAGCUGGAGGAGGGCUGGGAGGAGCUGGGGACCGAAGAGGACGGGAGAGGAGGAGCGGGAGGAGAAACAAAGUGCCACUCCAUUGUGUCCGUGGGUCAGUUCAGGCCGGAGAAGGACCACUUGCUACAAGUCAGAGCGUUUGCCAAGCUGCUGGACAGGAAGGGGGACGGGCCYGGGGGCCGGGAGGCGCUGCGGCUGGUGCUGAUUGGCGGCUGCAGGAACCAGGAAGACGAGGACCGGGUGCUGAUGCUGCGGGGCCUCUGUCAGGAGCUCGGCGUCUCCGACCGCGUCGACUUCAAGCUCAAUGUUCCAUUCGACGAGCUGAAGAGGGAGCUGGUGARCGCCACCAUCGGGCUGCACACCAUGUGGAACGAACACUUCGGCAUCGGAGUGGUGGAGUGCAUGGCCGCAGGAACCAUCGUCCUCGCCCACAAGUCAGGCGGCCCGAAGCUGGACAUCGUGGUGCCGCACGAGGGCAGGCAGACGGGCUUCCUGAUGUGA